AUGCAAGGAAGUGAUGAACGAGGAGGGAAUACGAAGACACGAGAGAAAGGGAGGGGAUCGACAGAGACCAAGUACAGGGGAAUUAGGCAGCGGCCGUGGGGGGAGUACGCGACCCGAAGAGGAACGGGGCGCGGCUGUGGCUGGGGACGUUCGAGACGGGGGAAGAUGCGGCGCGGGCAUGCCACCCCCAGUACUAGCCACGGACCAAAUUGUUCUACUUCCAUUACUAGGAAUGGAGGGGAGCAAGUGAUUGAGCUCGAAUAUUUGGAUAACAAGUUGUUGGAGGAGCUUCUAAUUGAGCCAAAUAAUGAGGAUUAUAAUUGGCAAGAGAAUAAGAUAUCGCACUUUCCCUAA